AUGGGUCUCUCUCAAGAACGUAAGCUCGAGUACUUUGGAAAGCUCGAGACGCUGCUGGAGAACUACACCAAGAUCUUCCUAGUUGGCGUGGACAAUGUCGGCUCGGCUCAGAUGCAGCAGAUCCGUCUCGUGCUCCGUGGCCGCGGUGAAGUGCUCAUGGGCAAGAACACGCUUAUGCGCAAGGUCUUCAACAGCUUUGUGAAGAAGAACCCGGGCCAUCCGCUCGAGAACUUCAUUCCGCUGCUUAAGGGGAACGUUGGCUUUGUGUUCACGAACGACGACCUGACGGAGAUUCGUGAAGUGCUCGAGUCCAACCGCGUGCCUGCUCCUGCUCGUGUCGGUGCCAUUGCUCCAGUGGACGUGGUCGUGCCUCCUGGGCCUACGGGUGCUGACCCUGGUCAGACGUCGUUCUUCCAGGCGCUGCAGAUUGCCACCAAGAUUCAAAAGGGUCAGAUUGAGAUUGUGUCCGAAGUGAUGCUAACGAAGAAGGGCGAGAAGGUUGGCAACUCUGAAGCUGCUCUCUUGCAGAAGCUGGACAUCAAGCCGUUCUCGUACGGUUUGGUCAUCGAACAAGUGUACGACAAUGGCUCGAUCUUCGACCCUGCCGUGCUGGACCUGACAGAGGCUGAUUUGUGCGCCAAGUUUGUGGCGGGUUUGCGCAAUGUCGCAGCUGUGUCGCUGGAGCUGGGGCUUCCGACGCUCGCCUCGAUUCCUCACUCGAUCGCCAACGCUUUCAAGGACCUGGUGGCCAUUGCUGUGGAGUGCGAGGAGUUCUCGUUUGAGAAGGCCGAGCCGUACAAGGCGUUCCUAGCUGACCCGUCAGCAUUCGCUGUAGCUGCCCCUGCUGGUGGCGCAGCUGCUGCCACGGAGGCCAAGAAGGACGAGCCCGCUGAGGAGGAAGAGGAGGUCGACAUGGGUGGCGGCAUGGACAUGUUUGGUGCCGAGGACUAUUAG